UGUACGUUCUUCUUGUUCCGGUUCAUCAGUGAAACGCCAAAACCUAGGCUUUCAGUUCCAAGCCUCACCCAUCCUCCUCCAAUGACGCUCCUACUGAUACCCAAUUGCCGAACCAUGGCGAACCCAUCUCUCGUCCACCUUUUCUCCACUACUUCCUCCUCAAAUCCAGUUGACCCAGAUGACCAAAAUGAGCAAUCAAAGUCCUCCACGUCCGAGUCUUCCUUCUCUUCAUACUUCAGUGACGUCAAAGCCAGUCUCAAGCAGCAGCAAUCAACUUCACCGCCACUACCUCGAAAUUUCAUUUCCCCUCAUCCCUCUCAGUUCACUACUAACUCCUCCAAAGUCAGUCCCUUAGAAGAAAUCCGUAAGAAUCUCUCCGAGUUCCGCCGCCGAUCUGUUGUACCGCGCCCCACCGAUCUCAAUCAGGCACCGUCUCCUACCACUUCAAGUGGUUCCCUGAACAUUUCGUUUCAGGAGUUGUACAAAAGAAAUGUGCUUGGUAAGGCGGAGGGUGCCAAUGUCGAACAGGUUGGCGAUGGUGGAGACAGGUUAUCGUUCAAGGCUAUUAGUCAGAGCUUGAAACAGAUAAGGUCACCUGUAAAUGGUCAGCAGGAUGCUAGGAAUCGCAGGGACCCCAUGUCGCUUUCUGCGUAUAAGAACAGUUUGAGAUUGAAACCAACAGAUUCGCCUCAACGGACGGUGAUCGGAGGCACUGACACAUUUCCGGGAUCGGUGUUUGCGAAGGAAAUGAGGGAGAGGAAAGACGGGGAUAGCUCGAAGGUGAUGAAGACUGAGUUUUUUAAGAAUUAUAGUUGCAAAGAAUUAGGGGAGAAGUUGAGGAUGUUAAGGCCGGAGGCCAAGGAGGGAGGUUGGUUUUCGUUGGCGGAGUUGAAUGACAGGUUGAUGAAGUUGAGGGAGUUUGAAGAGAAUAGGAACGAGUCUACGCCGAUAUUCCGUCCGUUCAAGGAUUUGAGGGAGAGUUUGGCGAAGAUGCAGCUAUCUGACAACGAAAACACAAAGAAGAAUUCCAUUGAGAGACUCGAUAUAUUGGGUCAGUUGGGUCAAACUCCUGACUUUAUGAUGAAGCCUCCACAGGAACACCUGGUUGAAACGUAUUUCCAUCCGGAUAACAUGUCUUCAGCAGAAAAAAUGAAACUUGAGCUUGCCCAAGUUAGAGAUGAGUUUAAAUUGUCGGAAUCAGAUUGUGGAUCUGCAAGAGUUCAAGUGGCACAACUCACAACCAAGAUCAAACAUUUAUCUACAACUUUACACAAAAAGGAUAAGCAUUCUCGGAAAGGUCUUACAGGGAUGGUGCAGAGGAGGAAGAAAUUAUUGAAGUAUCUCAGAAGAACUGACUGGGAUUCUUACUGUUUUGUACUUUCUAAACUUGGUCUCCGAGACAACCCAGAUUACAAGCACUAGACAAGACUACAUAACAUUUUCCUCAAACGUAGUUUCUUUACAGUUACAAUUUUAGAUCGAGGUGGAAAUGAAAUUGUAGUAUUUGAUUAUUUUUUUUGGUCUUUUCUUGAAGCAGUGAUGUGUUAAUCAUAAUGUGCUGUCAAAAUAUUGUUGCUGAAUUUUCAAGCUGAUAUCAAGCAGUUAAGAGAAAGCGAUUAUCAA